CGACACGUCACCGGUUUUGCAAGGAGGACAAUUUAGACCACUUUGAAGAAAACCGAAGUUUCUCCUCAUCUUUAAACCAGUUAGAGUUAUUUAACUCCAUCUGGCUGUGUCAUCAGUGUACGUGUCCCGAAAUAAACAUGGCGUUGCCGAAAUGGGAGAGAAAAGCGCGCACAUUUCUCUGCGUUUUGGGUUUGUUUUUGUCUGUGUAUGCACUUCACGUCGAGCUGUCCCGAGAGAGAGACCCUGAUUACAGGGCGAUGUGUGACCUCGGAGAGUCUGUGAGCUGCUCCAAAGUUUUUACUUCCAGAUGGGGACGUGGUUUUGGUUUGGUCCAGUUCUUUGCUGCCAAAGAUAGCCUUCUGAACCAACCCAACAGUGUCCUUGGCAUCAUAUUUUACACUCUGCAAAUGGGCCUCGGACUGUCUCUGUCCAAAAAAGCAGCAAUGUUGUUGGUCUUCUCGUCCUGGGUGUCUGUGGCCGGCUCUCUUUAUCUUGCAUCUAUUCUUGCCUUUGUUCUGGGGGAUUUCUGCAUGGUGUGUGUGUCAACAUACGUCGUCAACUUUGCGUUGCUCUUCACCAACCAGAAACGUAGGAAAGCGAUUGAAUCAAUGAAGGAAAAGGCUGGAUAGAAAGUGAUACUUCAACACCUUUUUUGUGUGGAGCUGAAGCCGAGCUUGAUCUAAUAAAAAAAGAAAAGAAAAAAAGACUAUUCUCUACCACAGUACUUAUGCAUUGUUUACACCUUGGAAGACUUUUCAGAUAAACAGGGCUAGAUCAGAAGAUCUAUA